GAGGCUUGCCACCAGAACAUCAUUUUUUGCCGCCAACACCGUCAUCGAGAAUGUCCCCCGGAACCCCAACUCCCGCACAGGAUACGUUUGUGCCUUUUGAUCAGGUGAAUAAACCUCCGGAGGGAGUGGUUCUUCCCCCCAAAGAUCUCCGAGGUAUGUAUUGUUCCUCUCCUGUUUCCCCCUGAUCCCCUCUAGAAACUAACCCGCGCGCAGCCAUCGUCGAAAAGACUGCGGGCUAUGUAGCGCGUAAUGGGCAAGUGUUUGAACGUAAGUUUUGGUUCUCCCCCUUCAUUUCUUCCUUCUCUGAUUUCCUCAGGCUGAUUCCUGGUAAGGUUGAGGAACAUACCCGGGGGAAAUUGUAAACGCGUCGCGAGAAUAUCUCCUUGUACCUUUUACUAACAAGUUACAGAGCGAAUCCGCGAAAAGGAGAAACAUAAUCCCAAAUUCUCGUUUUUGAACUCAGCGGACUCCUAUUACCAAUUCUAUAUAUGGCGGCUUGAGGAAAUCCGAGCCGGCCGUGGAACUGCGCUGGCCGCCGGGAGAGCUGGACCAGCUGAUAACCCACCGGUGGAGGCUGAGAAGCCUGUAGGUCCAAAGGAACCCCCGGACUUCCGGUUUUCAGCAAGAAUGCCAAAUAUUUCAGCGCAAGAUCUUGAUAUUUUAAGGCUCACCGCCUUGUUUGUCGCAAAAAACGGCCGUUCGUUUCUCACUACACUUUCACAGCGAGAAGCUCGAAACUUUCAGUUUGAUUUCUUGCGCCCCAACCAUUCAUUUUACCAGUACUUCUCGAGGUUGGUGGAUCAAUAUACGGAUUUACUAUCGCCGGGUGGAGGGGUCAGUGUUGAGGAAUUGGAAAAGAAUGUGAGGAAUAGGUUCGACUUGUUAGAUCGUGCUAGAGGAAGGGCGGAGUGGACCCGAUGGAAGGAGAAAGAGAGAGAGAAGAAGGAGGAGCAAGAGGACCAGGAGAGAUUGGCUUAUGCCCAAAUUGAUUGGCAUGAUUUCGUCGUUGUCGAAACAGUUCUUUUCACUGAUGCUGACGACCAAGCGGAGCUUCCCCCUCCAACAUCCCUCUCAGACCUGCAGCAUGCUUCACUCGAACAGAAGGCAAUGAUGUCACUUCAUCCAACCACGCUUCGUAUCGAGGAGGCUAUGCCUACUUCUGACCCGGAGCCAGUCGAAGCUCCAUGGCAAACACAUAUGCGGCAGCAGGAAGAAAAUGGCGCAAUGGAUAUGGAAAUGGAGGCUUCGGACGACGAGGAGGAUGAGAGGCAAAAGGAACAGACCAGGAAACGGCAAGCCCAGGAGGCGGCAAAAGCCGGACCUGGCCAAGGCCAAAUGAAGAUUAGGAGUGACUAUGUGCCUCGGGCUCUGGCAAAGAGACAGCAGGGCUCGAUGGGCAUUUGUCCGAACUGUAAACAAAGUAUUGCAUUGGAUGAGAUGGAAGAGCACAUGAGAAGUAGGUUACUCAGCACCUUCACAUAAUAUGCGCGUCUAACACCUACUUUGAUAGUCGAGCUCCUUGAUCCCCGCUGGAAAGAGCAACGCGCUCGUGCAGAUUCUAAGCAAGCAACCACCAACCUAUCUACCAACGACACCGUUAUGAACCUGAAGCGUCUUGCAUCCCAACGAGACGAUCUAUUCGACUCGAACUCCGGAAGGCCUGUGUCUGCGGAAGAAUUAGAGCGCAGGAAGAGAGUAGCAACCGGUGGUUGGGAUGGGUCCGCGGAAACAAAGGAGGCUGCUAGAAUGCAGCAGUUGCAGAACGUCAAUGUUCAGGAACAAAUUGAUGCGAUCAGAAGAAAAGCUGGGGCAGUUAGUAAUCCGGGGGUCGGGCCGCAAAGGCAGUAAAAACUUGGUUCCUUAGUUCAUUUUGUCCCUGAGGGGUCCUCAAUGUAUCUUUUAGUAGUGGUCUCGUGCGGUAGGAUAGUUCGAUAGCCUUUUCACCCCGCCACACGUGUGAAAGGGUUAUUUGAUUAAGCUCGUGGUUAUGAUUGAAGCGAGAGUUGCUCGAGCGUUGUUAUUCCCUUAAUAUGCUGUAAGCAUUUAUUGACCCAUGUCCCAAGGUUCACGUUGUGCAAGUCGGCUCCUCAGUCCGAGCCUUUGCAGCCAGGUGUUGCUCACGCCGCCGGACGUAGGCAGAGUAAGGCCACCCGAUAACAAGACCGCAGCCAAUCAAGAAGCAAAGCUCUAUAGAAACAAACAUGAGCGAAUUUUGGGGGUAUUUCUACCCAGAGUUUCUUUCUAUCAUC